AUGGCCACUGAACAAAAUCAGGUUACUGCACAGGAUCAACUUCUCAUCAAUCAAUUUGCUCGUCUAUACCAAGAACAAACCGAAUUGAAACGGGCAAUUGAGGAAAUCCAAAGCAAUAUUUCAAGCUUUGGGGAAGCCGAAGACGAAAUUUUGCUUCUUGACACGAAUGAUGCGAGCUCUGUUCCUCUCCGGAUUGGACAAACGUUUGUUCACUUUGAUUCGGAUUCGUUAACUAAUAUUCUUGGAGACAUGAAGACCGAAUCAGAAGGCGAACUUGCGGAGAAGAAGAAGAAGCUCGAUUCCAUCAAAGAAGAGAUGAACGAACUAAAGAAAAUCCUAUACGGAAAAUUCGGAGAUCGCAUCAAUUUGGAAUCUGAGAGAGAUGAAUAA